AUGGGUCGCUUGAACACCCUCCUCCUCCUCUGUUGCCUGUCAUGGACGGCCGUCGCCCAGCAGGCCAGCUCUUCGGCCCCGGUUCCAAUCACUGGCGUGAUGUCAGCCGUGAAUACUCAAACUGGCGAGCGACCUUCGCGACUGCACAUUGCCGAUUUGCAGAAGAAGGGUGGAGCGCCCUGGGAUCUCUACAUCCAGGCCAUCUCAGCUUUCCAGGCUAUGCCUGAGGAUCAGGAAAACUCCUGGUUCCAAGUCCUGGGUAUCCAUGGUCUUCCCUUUGAGUCAUGGAACGGCGUCGGAAAUGUCAAGGGCGCCGCCGUCACUGGCUACUGCCCUCAUAACGAGGUCCUCUUUGGCUCGUGGCACCGACCCUACGUGGCGUUGUUUGAGCAAGAGGUCAUUAGUCACGCCCAGGCAAUCGCCAACCAGUACACCGGCUCCCAGAAGGCCAAAUACGUCAAUGCCGCGCAGUCGCUGCGCAUUCCCUUCUGGGACUGGGCCGUCAGCCCCAAACUCCCUGAGGUGCUCUCCGAAAGCCAGAUCACCGUGAACACCCCCACCGGCAAGAAGACGAUCCGUAACCCUCUUCAGAGCUACAAGUUCCAGAACUGGCCCUUCAAGUACCCUUACUUUGGUGGCAGCAUCGGCCAGUAUCCCCACACCAUGCGUUGCCCGAGCACCACGAAUAGCAAGGCCGUGUCUCAACCUAGCGCUGUUAACGCCAAUCUGGCCAAGGAUGCCUCCUACCUCAAGAGCGCUGUCUACAAUGUCUUCACUAGGGCUGGUUCCUAUGCUGAAAUGGUCACAGACAGCCAGGGAGGAUACAACUUCGAGAGCCCUCACAACAACAUUCACGUCGACAUUGGAUGCAGCAACCCCAUGGGCCAUAUGACUAACCUGGGUUGGUCGGCCUUUGAUCCUGUCUUCAUGCUCCACCAUGCCAACGUCGAUCGCCUCGUCGCCAUGUGGCAGGCUACUCACCCUAACAACCAAAUGUUUCAAAACUCGUUCAAGCUCGGCUCUUCCUUAUGGGGUAGCGCCAAGGGCAUGACCUACACUGAAGAUUACGUUCUGAAGCCCUUCUACAAGCCGGGAGGCUCCCAGAUGUGGACCAGCCGUGAGGUUGUCUCCACCCGCACCUUCGGCUAUACUUACCCGGAGCUUCCGGACUGGACGAUGUCCUCCACCCAGCUGCAGCGGCAUGUGACCUCUGUGGUCAACAAUCUGUACGGCGCCUCAACUUCCGUGUCCAAGCGGUCCAUGGAUGCCCAGCCUGAGACAUUGACUCAAUAUGUGCUGAAAAUCGCGGUUGAUCGAUCCGAUUUCGAGGGCCCUGCCAUGAUCAAAUUGUUCUUCAAUGGCUCUUUCUCCGGAUCCAUGUCUCUCCUAACCAUGCCCAUGAGCGAAGAUUCGUCUAUGGGUGGUAUGAGCUAUGCCAAUAUGCCACUGCAGGGACUGACCGGCGUGGACGGUUUGGGAGCUGUGGGUGAAGGCCCUCUGGCCUUUACCACCUCUGCCUUGUCCUCGGUUGCUGAAUUCUUCAGCAAAGCUCUCAGCUUUAAUAUUCAGAAUGGUAACGGAUCUGCUCUGUUUCCUGGUGAUGUUCCCAGCCUCACCAUGGCCCUCGAAGUCCUUCACGUCGUCCCAGCUGCCAGCGUCUUCGAAUUCCCUACUGUCUCGAAAGCCAAAACUAUUCCGCUGGACAUCCCUAGCCUCUUCGAGUCACUCUGA